UGUCCAAGCCAGUGAAAGCAGGGCCAUACUGUGCCUUGUGUGAGUUGGUGAUGACACAACUGGAUCAGAUGCUACAACAGAACUCUACUGUGCAAGAGAUUGAGUCUGCCCUGGAGCAAGUGUGUAACUUCCUGCCAGCCACGAUGAGACAGGAGUGUGACGAUUUUGUCAAGCAGUACACCCCCACCCUGGUUCAGCUGUUGCUACAGGUGUCUCCAGACAAGGCCUGCUCCUACCUGGGCCUCUGUACCUCCAACAAAGUGUCCAAGCCAGUGAAAGCAGGGCCAUACUGUGCCUUGUGUGAGUUGGUGAUGACACAACUGGAUAAGAUGCUACAACAGAACUCUACUGUGCCAGAGAUUGAGGCUGCCCUGGUGCAAGUGUGUAACUUCCUGCCGGCCACAGUGAGACAGGAGUGUGACGAUUUUGUCCUACAGUAUACCCCCACCCUGGUCCAGCUGUUGCUACAGGUGUCUCCAGACAAGGCCUGCUCCUACCUGGGCCUCUGUACCUCCAACAAAGUGUCCAAGCCAGUGAAAGCAGGGCCAUACUGUGCCUUGUGUGAGUUGGUGAUGACACAACUGGAUAAGAUGCUACAACAGAACUCUACUGUGCAAGAGAUUGAGUCUGCCCUGGAGCAAGUGUGUAACUUCCUGCCGGCCACGGUGAGACAGGAGUGUGACGAUUUUGUCAAGCAGUACACCCCCACCCUGGUCCAGCUGUUGCUACAGGUGUCUCCAGACAAGGCCUGCUCCUACCUGGGCCUCUGUACCUCCAACAAAGUGUCCAAGCCAGUGAAAGCAGGGCCAUACUGUGCCUUGUGUGAGUUGGUGAUGACACAACUGGAUAAGAUGCUACAACAGAACUCUACUGUGCAAGAGAUUGAGUCUGCCCUGGAGCAAGUGUGUAACUUCCUGCCGGCCACG